CGCCACUGCUUGCCACGCGCAUCCACGCUCCGCCCUCGGGCCCUUCGCCAUGGAUCCGCGGGGCGAUGCCGAGCUGGCAGACGAUGCCGAGCCGCUGCAGGGCGGAGCGGUCCCGAGCCGCCGGCUGAGCCGCCGGGCCGUGGCCGCGGCCGUCGCCGGACUCGCCGCCGUGGCGGCCGUGGGGGGCUUCGCGUGGAUCGAGCUGCGCGGAGGCAGCGCGGUGGAGGUCCAUCGCAUCGCACCGCUGGACGACUGGGAGCAGAUCCCGGGCAUCGAGGACUUCGUGCGCCGCGCGCAGGACCUGGAGCUCGAGCAGCCCGUCGUGGUGCCGCUGCCGAGCGCCUGGAACCUCACGGAGUGUGUGAUCGACGCCCUUCAGGCCUAUGCCUACUUGGGCCAAGCGAUCCUAGAGCUUUGGAGCGCGAUCGACGUGGAAGGCAGCAAGUGCCCCGACAACACGCCGGCCGGCUGCUCCGUCUCCGUGUCGGGCUUCUUGACCUCCGUGUCUUGGGUGGGCGCCUACAUCUCCAUGGCGGCCAACGCCUGUGUGGCAAUGGGCAACCAACAAGCGACUUGCGCCAAUGACUGGCUGACUCUCACUUCGAGCUUGGGGGAGAUUGCCACCGCCGGAGCCGCAGUCUCGGAGGAGUGCGACUUCAACAAGGAUUGGGUGAAGCUGUUGAAGCUCAAGGGUGAGGAAGCCGAGGAGGACGAACCGGACUGGCGGAAGUUCGUCCCAGCAGGGGCCGGUCCGACGGUGGACACCGCGCUGAAGAUCCACGAGCUCCACCGGGCUCACUUCAACAGAGAUAUCUCCUCUGCCUUUUGCGCUAUGGAUGUCACCAAUGCUGUCUCAUACUUGGUGCGAGAGGUGAUUCAGAUCAAAGUGGCCAUCCAAUCCUGCCCUCAGCCCACUGCCUGUGCAGUCAGCAUCAUGAACGUUCUGGCCUCCUUCGGGUGGAUGAUUCGCUUCGCGGCGGUGGGGGUCACGGAUUGCGCCCACUCUGACAACCAGAAGGCCAGCUGCGCAGCGUACAUCGCGGACUUGUUUGCAGGUAUUGUUGAUACGCCGGCCACAGGUGUUGCGACGACCCAAGACUGUAUCAGCUGACCUCCCGCUGCUUGCGGUGCUGUGCGGUGUGCGCCUGGCUCGACUCGAUUCUUUUUCUCUCCGGUCUAGCCUCAAGACUUGGCCAGAGACCAGUUGCGUCGAGUUCCGCCCCUUUUUUUUAUCCCUUUCCUUUUCGGGAUUGGCCAAAAAGGUGACUCUGCAAUUGGAUGCAAUUGGCUUUUUCAGCCGCUCCUCGAGGUAAGUACUUGAGGUAACUACUCGCGGCGCACUCGUGUGUUUUUUCAUGCGAAGGAGGGCUUCUUUUUUGGGGUGGCCUCCGCAGGUGG